AUGGAAGCGCUGGUGUUUGCCAACUGCGACGAGUUGCCGACGUGGAAUGAAACCACGCAGUCCUAUGAAAACGUCGGCUCAAAGCUUGGUUGUCAGCCCAUGGAGGGCGCACCCGUGACAGUGGGGCAUAUCACACUGAAGGAGUACACGGAGGAAUACUUUGGCAUGGAACACGACAUGAUCCUGCGCAACUUCGCCAUUGUGAUCGGAUACAUGCUGCUCUUCCGCGUUGUGGCACUGCUGUCACUGCGCUACAUCAACCGCCAGAAGAGAUAA